AUGUCCGCCGACUUCUGGGCCGGCUACAUUAGCGGUGCCGUCGGCAUCAUUAUCGGCAACCCCCUCGACCUCCUCAAGGUCCGCCUCCAGGCACGACCGACCCCCGCCGCCGCAACCCCCGCCUCUCCGCUUCCGACUCCGGCAUCCCUCGCCGCGACCUCGUACCUCCGCCACUUCGAGUCCCCCGCCGCUCUCGUCACCGGCUCCGCGGCCCCGAUUCUCGGCUACGGCGCCCUCAACGCCCUCCUCUUUGUAUCCUACAACCGCACCGAGGCCGCUCUGAACCGCGCUCUCGACGUCCGCUCCAGCCUCUGGACCACCUGGCUUGCCGGUGCCGUCGGCGGUCUGGCCACCUGGGUCGUAAGCACCCCGACCGAGCUGAUCAAGUGCCGCGCUCAGCUGUCCUCGCCACCCGCCUCGAGCUGGGCCAUCACCAAGGACGUCUGCCGCGCCGAGGGCAUACGGGGCCUGUAUUUCGGCGGCGUCGUGACGGCCCUGCGCGACAGCAUCGGCUACGGCUUUUAUUUCUGGUCCUACGAGCUCACCACGCGCUGGAUGGGCGUCGGCGGCGACAGCGUCAACGAGACCAACAUGCGCGACGAGGCCGCCAAGGUGCUUCUUUGUGGAGGGCUCGCCGGCAUCGUGACGUGGGCGAGCAUUUUCCCGCUCGACGUCAUAAAGACCCGCGUGCAGACUCAGGCGUUCGAGGCCUCUUCGUCCGCCGAAGCUUCGCCUUUGCUUGGGGCGCGCGGCUCGCAGCAGGAGAUGCGCAAGCGUGCCGGCGCAAUCCAGGUUGCCAGGGAGGCAUACCGUGAAGGCGGCGUUAGAGUCUUCUUCCGGGGCCUUACCAUCUGCAGCGUGCGGGCCUUCGUCGUCAACGCGGUGCAGUGGGCCGUGUAUGAGUGGGUCAUGUAUGAGAUGGGCGAGGGUCGGAGACGGCCUGCUGCCAUCGAGCCUGUCGGACAAACGUUGUGA